AUUCAUCCACACAAUCUGUCCUCAACUUUGCCGAUUUCGCCGAUCUCACGGUGCGUUUCUCGACGAUCUUGGAUAUCCUGCCGUCUCCAAGGGCGAGCCGCUCGAAAUGCUUCCACUGCGUGUAGCGAGCUUCGUGCUAGCGCUCUUCGGGGCAGCAAUCGUGAACCGGGGCGUCCACGGUCUGUACGAGGACCAAGCCGGCAAGCUGGACUGGCGACAGCGCUUUGUGGGCCGGCCUCUGUACGUCUACGCCGAUCUGAGCCCGUCGGCCGCCGCGGGUCAGCGGCUCGUCGUAGCCACAGAAAAGAACGUGCUGGCGUCUCUGAGCGCACGCACCGGGGACCUCGCCUGGCGACAGCUGCUCGAAGAGAACAGCCGCGUGCACGCCGUCUCAUCCAGUGGGGACCUCGUCACCGUGUCCGGAGCUCACGUCCGCGCCUGGGAUCUCGCCACCGGCGUUCUCCGCUGGGAAAAAAGCCUUCCUCCGACGUCGACGUCGUGUGUUCGGUACGACGUCGACUCCUCGGCGCGCGCGCUGACCGCCGUUCGCGUGUACGCGGGCUCGCACGUCGCCGCGACCGUGUACGAGCUCGGCGGCACUACCACCAAGACGUCGCCCAAUGUUCCGGCACCUUGGAUCACGGCGGAAACAGACUGCGAGCUGGUGGGGCACAAGUACCUGGCCUGUCUUGACGCCACGGCGAUGUCCCUCCGAGUCAUGGCACUUGGGGAAUCAGCUUCCUUCCGGGAUGUGCCCCUGGCGUCCUUGGGACUCCAGCUCCAGGAGCCGACCUCCGCGCCGACCCUGGAGCGGCUGGACAUCGCGGGACCCGCUCAGGAAGAACCUUACCUGGCGCUGCGAAUGGCCCGUCGCGGGUUCGCCGUCCUCCGGAUGACCAAGUCGGGAGUGCAGCUGGAGAAGCUGCUGCCCGAGGCGACACACCUCGCGUGCGCGCAGCUCAACGGGACUCCGCUUUUGGGCGUCGUGGCACCCGCGCAGGGCGAGGACCGGGCCCACGGGCUCACCAUCUACGAGCUGGGGAGCCCCUGGCAGGAGCGCAGCGAUCUCGAGGGUCAGUUCACGCUGCCGCCUACGAUGGGCGACGUGUGGCGAGUCCACCUGCUGCCCUUCCUGCGCAAGGACCAGAGCCCCGGCUACAAACUGCUAGUGGUGACCCAAGACGAAGCGAUGCUCCUGUUCCACCCACAGGGCCGUUUGCUGUGGACCCGCGAGGAGGCGCUCGCCUCGGUGCUGGCGGCACAGUUCAUCGAUCUGCCCUUGUCCGAGACGGAUGCCAAGAUCGAGCAGGAGUUUGGGGAUGGCAAUGCUAACCUGGUGUCCAUGUUUGUGACACGCAUCACAAUGCAGAUCUGCCAACUCCAGAGCCUGGUUGUGGGCCUGCUGGCGGGGCUGCAGGGAGGCAUGGGCCGGCAGGAGUCGGCCGAAGCCAGCCAGGACUUGACGCGAGACAAGUUUGGCUUUAACAAGGUCAUCCUGCUGAGCACAGCGGCCAGGAAGCUGUUUGCGCUGGACAAUCGCAAUGGACAGAUCAUCUGGAGCCAGCACUUUGCAGAGCUGGUACCACUGAGCGAGGCCGGCUCGGAGAAACUACCAAUCUUCGUUCAGCGAACGACAGCCCACUACCCGCAUCCGCCGCGCUGCACGGUUCUGGGCAAGCACCGAGACUCCGGAACUGGCUACCUGGUGUCUGUGAAUCCCAUCACGGGAGUGGUGUUGGACCAACGCGAGCUCCCCUACCGGGUGUUGCAAGCGACUGCCCUUCCCUUCCUGGACGAAGAGUACACCAGGGGCCUCCUGUUCCUGGAUAGUGCCCUGAGAGUGCACACAUACCCGUCCAGUGCUUCCGAACUACUGGUAGAGCACAAGGAUACACAGUACUUCUUUCUGGCGAACCCCACCACGGGCACAUUGACGGGUUACAGCCUAAGGCCUUCAACCAAGUCCCAGCUGGCCGUGGAACGAGUCUGGAGCGUGUCAUUGCACCAGGAUGGCCAAACCAUCAGCCACGUCGUGAUGCGAAACCCUCUGGAACAUGUCCACUCCCAGGGCCGUGUGAUGGGAGAUCGCAGCGUCCUUUACAAGUACCUCAACCCGAACCUGGUUGCCGUGGUCACGGAGGGAGUGGACAGUGUGCACAAAGUGGCCAGUAUCAACAUCCACCUGGUGGACGCGAUCACAGGUGCUUUUCUUUACUCGGCCAGUCACAAGCGUGCCCGUGGACCCGUCCACUUAGUACACUCGGAGAACUGGAUUGUGUACUGCUACCACAACGAAAAGUCGCGUCGGGCAGAGGUCUCCGUGGUGGAGCUAUACGAGGGAGCCACCCAAAGCAACACGUCUGCCUUCUCCUCUUUCACGUCCCCUCCGGCAGCCCUGGUGGAGCACCAGAGCUACGUGUUCCCAAGCUCCAUCGAGGCCAUGAGUGAUACCGUCACCGAGAAGGGCAUUACCAGCAAGCAUGUCCUGGUGGCCUUGCCCAGUGGUGCCAUACUAGAGCUACCCAAGGCACUCCUGGACCCACGAAGACCCAUCACACCUACUGCCAUGCACCGCGAAGAGGGCCUGAUACCCUACAUGCCCGAGCUACCCAUCAGUGCAGAGCACAUCGUCAACUACAACCAGUCCGUGGCCAGGGUGACGGGUUUUGCCACAGCUGCCUCUGGACUGGAGUCCACGUGUCUUGUGGUGGCUUACGGCCUGGACCUGUUCUACACCCGCGUAGCACCCUCCAAGACGUUCGACAUCCUCAAAGACGACUUUGACCACGUUCUUAUUUCGGUUGUGCUAACCCUCCUCAUCCUUGUCUCGUACGUGAGCAAGAGGUUCUCGGCCAGAAAGGCGCUGCGGGCAGUCUGGAAGUAACGAACAAGGUGGACCCUUCUUGUUGAUUCAGUAGGGCCCAGUGUUGAGGACUGUCUCUGGGCUCCCAUCACCCUAUCUUUUGCACCGCCGUCUGCAUCACUCCUCAGGUAGUGCCUGGACAAGUGUUUGCCUUUUGUAGCUAAACACUUUUGGCAUUUUGUUUGACCAGAGGGUGCAAGGUGAAAACAUUUGGCAGGGCAUGUGAUGUCUUUUUCAAGUUCUUUUUAUUUUGAAAUAUAGCAGUUGGAUAGCUUGAGCUGGCCUCUGAAAGAGAUAAAAGGGAACAAUGUGA